AUGCCUCAUCACCUUGCUGCUAGCCUCACCAGUGAGGGAGCUUUCUUCCCUCACUCGGCUCUUGCCACUACUGCUGGAAACUCUGGUUUCCCUUGGGUUCUCCCUGCUCUCCACACUACCCCGGUCAUUGCUAUUGACCCGGAGGACAACCAGGGUCAGGCAGGGGCACCUCAGGCUCCCAAUGCUCAACCUGGGAUGCAGUACUUUCAACCUCCCAUUGCUCAACCUGGGAUGCAGUACUUUCAACCUCCCAUUGCUGCUCAGACUGUGCCACCAGGAUUCUCUUACCCGCCCAUGUGGUUCAACCCGAACAUACCUGCGCCAAUCGCUCAUGAAGCCUCUCGAUCGGCCAGUCAGGUCGCUCCUCCUGUUGUUGAUCCGACCAAACUGGCGGAUUACCAACUCUUGGACGACAGAAUAAGGGCCAUUGGGGGCUUCUCUUCUUUUGGGAUAGACGCUCGAGACCUCUGCUUGGUCCCGAACGUGGUAUUGCCUCAGAAAUUCAAAGUGCCUGAUCUCCCUAAGUAUAAAGGUCUUAGUUGUCCCCGCAUUCAUCUCACUAUGUACUGCAGGAAGAUGGCUUCGCAUAUUGAUAACGAUAACCUCCUGAUUCAUUGCUUCCAAGAUAGCCUGACUGGGGCUUCCUUGGAUUGGUAUAUAAGUUUGGAGCGCUCGAAGAUCCGAUCAUGGAGAGACCUCUCCGAGGCAUUUUUGAAACAAUACAAAUACAACCUUGACAUGGCUCCGACAAGGCUUCAACUACAGAACCAGUCGCAAAGGUCUAAUGAAACCUUCAAGGAGUAUGCUCAACGGUGGCAUGAAAUGGCGUCUGGGUUCAUCAACAAAUUCUCCGAUAUGGUCACAAUUGGGGAACGUGUUGAGAGUGGGCUGAAACCGGGGAAGAUAACAGACACGAACGCGCCGCAGUCAGCCAACAAGAGACCGCAUGGGGGCUUCGCGAAGAAGAAGGAGGGGGAAGCAAACGCUGUGAUGGCGAAGGCUCGCCCCCGAUAUCGAGUUACGAUGGCCCCUAUGUCGUACUAUCCUUAUCCGUAUGUUGUUGCAGCUCAAUACCAACAACCGCCUUUCCAGUAUCAACCACAAAGAAGCAAUCAACAACCAACUCCUGCUCAGAAAGAUCAGAAUCGACAAUACAACCGUGACAAUAGAGGGCAAAAUCAGGGGUCGAAUAACAGGGGAAACUAUGGCAAGCGCACUCAUUAUGACAAGAUCUCAGUACCUUAUACUGACCUGACAAAUCCCCUACCUAAUCAUGAUGGUCCUUCAGUCAGUGUCAUCAUUGAGGAAGAACCUGCAGAACCUGUGAAGUGGGUCGAUGAGGUGAAAACUCCGUUCUCUGUUGUGUUGAGAAAACUUGAAGAAUUUGGGUUUCUAGAAGGAGUACAUAGUGAUUGCUCAGUAUGUGAGUCUAAUCCAGAUGGUUAUGAGCAAUUGAGAGAGUGCGUGCAAGAACUAAUGAAUCAAGGGAUAAUACAGUUCUCUAAGUCUAAAGCAGCAAAAGAGGUAGCAAUGAUUGAACCGAUAACUAUUGUAUACAAGAAGAAGAAGGUUGAAGCUCCUCCCAAGAGGAUUCAGCCGAUCCAUUUCCGUGUUCCAACUCCGUUUCUGUAUCAGAAUACUAAGGCAAUGCCUUGGAAUUAUGAGACCACUGCGUACUGGGGAAGGAAAGAAAUUUGCAUUCCUGAUACAGAGAUCGUCAACAUCGCAGGAGCGGGAGGCAUGAAUCUAAGUGGCCGUGUAUUCGCUCCUAAAUACACUCCUAGGGUGUCUCCAGCACCCACAGUUGUCUAA